CAGUGCAGACGAGCUUUCUCGCAGUGAAGAGGAACGGCAGGCUCAGUGCAAGGCAGGAUUAAUCAUAGGACAGAAAAGGCUCAGCGAUCGCACUGAGAUGUUACAAAACCCCCUGACCUCUACAUCUUUUGCUGAUUACUACCAGCUGGGUUUUAAUUUGAGGUCAAAUAUCUUCCAAGGUGGCCCACUGGAGAGUAGAAGCUUGAUGAAAGAUUCUUACACCCCCGAUGUAAUUCAGAAAGCAAUCAGAGAUCCCAAGAAUUGGCAUGGAAGAAGGACCGACGACCUAGGGAGAUGGCAUCAGAAAAAUGCCCUAAAUCUUAACCUGCAGAAAGCAUUUGAAGAGAAAUAUGGGAAGAACAAAGGCAAGCCUUAGAAUAAGGUUAGGGAUUGGAGUGCUUUCAGCAAGGGAUCUUCUUCCUCAGCCAUCUAAUAAACCUCCAUGUAAGCCUUCUGCCAUUUGCUUGCUAGGUGUUAACAGCAGACGUGCUGGUAGU